AUGACGAUCCCGCUCUGGAAGAGCCAUUACCUUUUCUCCAUCUCUCUAGAGCUCAAACGUAGCAGAUUUGCACGAUAUGAUGGAGGAAUGAUUGUGACCAGAAGGUCGAAGGUAGCCUGCAAUCACACCCCUGGCGACUCCCACUGCUACAUCGCUAACUCUCCUCGAUUCGGCAAUGCCAACAAUACAAAUGAUACGAAUGUAAACGCGAGCAAGACACGUAUUAGUGCGAAAAAUAUAUCUGAAAAGGCCGAACUAAACCCGAAGGUAAAUCAUGCUACAACGCAUCCACUGGUGCCCGAAGAGCCGGACGCCUCAUUGACGACGCCUUCCAAGGCAGAAAGUUCGUCACCCUCGACCGCCUUCUCCGAAACGAUGGUUGCGACCCACUCGAAGCUGUCCAUUGAUGAUGAGGAUGAGGAUGAGUACGUGUGA